AUGCGCGAGUAUGAGGAUCUCGGUCAUAUGACUUGUCUUGGUGAUGUCCAGAACGUGGAUUCGAAAUAUAUCAUCCCGCAUUUUUGCAUCAUCAAGCCAACAAGCACCACGACAUCUCAUCGCGUAGUAUUUGAUGCUUCUGGCAAGACUUCAAAUAAUAACUCGCUGAAUGAUUUGGUGUUACCGGGUCCUAAACUUCAAGCUGACAUUGUAGAACUAUUAAUAAAUUUUCGUCUUCAUGAAAUAUGUCUCUCUGCAGAUGUUUGUAAAAUGUAUAGGAUGAUAACUCUCGAUGAGAGUCAACGUCCGUAUCAACAUAUUUUAUGGCGUUACUCUUUAGAUCAACCUAUACAAAUAUAUCAGUUGAAUACAUUGACAUAUGGCGUUGCUAGUUGUCCAUAUUUAGCUAUUAAAGUACUUCAUACUUUAGCGCAUGACGAAGUAGAGCGAUUUCCGUUAGCUUCACCCAUUUUAAAACGGGCCUUUUUUAUGGAUGAUUUGCUUUGGUCUGUAGCUACCGUCAGAGAGGCGAUAGCGCUUCAGACGGACCUAAUUAAUCUCUUGAAGGCUGGUGGUUUUAUACUCCGAAAAUGGUCGAGCAAUUGUCCUGAAGUCGUGGAGCACCUGGAUGAGGCUCAUCGCGAAACGCCAGUUGCAUUCGAUGAUGAUACCAACAUGUCUAUCAAGGUGUUGGGACUUCAAUGGUUGCCAGCGAGUGAUAUGUUCACAUUCGCUACUACUUCGCCUAAUCCUGUCAUUUCAAAACGAACAGUCUUGUCCCAGAUUGGUCGACUAUUUGAUCCCCUAGGUUUUGCGGCUCCGUGUGUUUUUUAUGCAAAGUGCUUCAUGCAGGAACUAUGGGCUCGACAAUUAGGUUGGGAUCAAACCUUACCUUUUGACCUUGAAGCUCGAUGGCGGACAUAUGUCAAUGAAUUAUCAUUAUUAUCAAAAUUAAAACAUGAUCGCCAUAUCAAGGUAUCUCGCUAUAAUUAUUGUCAGAUUCUAGGUUUUGCGAUGCCUCGACUCUUGGUUAUGCCGCGGUUGUUUAUAUUCGAUCCAAUAACGCAGAUGGUGAAAGUAAAAACAGUCUAG